CGGGUGUUCGGCUCCCUUUCCUCAGCCGCCGCCAAGGUGCUCGGUUCUUCCGAGGAAGCUAAGGCCGCGUUGGGGUGAGGCCCUCACUUCUUCCGGCGACUAGCACCGCGCCCGGCAGCCCGCAUCAUGGCCUCCGUGUCCGAGCUCGCCUGCAUCUACUCCGCGCUUAUCCUGCACGACGACGAGGUGACCGUGACGGAGGAUAAGAUCAAUGCCCUCAUUAAAGCGGCUGGUGUCAAUGUCGAACCUUUUUGGCCUGGCUUGUUUGCAAAGGCCCUGGCCAAUGUCAACAUCGGGAGCCUCAUCUGCAAUGUAGGGGCUGGAGGUCCUCCCCCUGCUGCGGGCGCUGCGCCUGCAGGUGGUCCUGCGCCCUCCACCGCCGCUGCGCCAGCUGAGGAGAAGAAGGUGGAAGCAAAGAAAGAAGAAUCGGAGGAAUCUGAGGACGACAUGGGCUUUGGGCUUUUCGACUAAGCCUCAUUUUGUAACACGUUCAAUAAAAACGGAAC